CAAACCGUCCACAACACCGCGCUGGACGCGUGACGCUCUUUUCUGAUUAAAUUGAGUCAGUUAGGUGGGGGGGGGGACUCCGUCUUUGUGUCGAAUUCCCAACUUCAAUCCGACAAAAUGAUCAUCUACAAGGACAUCAUCACUGGUAUGGACGAAUAUAUCGUAUGCCCGUGAAUGUCUUUCCUUGAAAUUAUGCUGUAUCAUGGUAUCUGUAUUUAGAAUUAACUGACCGGGUCUUUCAAGGUUCCCAGCGCUGUGAAACCUGCCAAAGGCAAAGGCCUUGUACAGGCCCACACGUAACCUUCAGUUGUGUAUGAUUUUACCUUAAACUAUUUUACACUAAUACACACACUGAGGCUUUUAAUAAAGAAAAUGGGACCGUUUGAUAAUGUAACAACAGGUGAAGGUUUACUUAUGGUGACGCCUAUGAGCUAGAUUGUGCGCGUCCUAUAAUAAACUCAACAGGUGCAGCUAACGGUACAUGGCAUACCGGUAUGUGGAUAUUAGCUUGUGCUAUAGCCAGUCUGCAGCUGCUUUCUAUGUGUGCGCUGUCAAAAGGUGCGGUCAACGAACACCAAAACACUCAAUCACUGUACAGUCGACAUUCCACCCACUGGUCAUUUGCACACAUACUAUUAGCAUAACAGUAUGCUUCUAAUCCAGUUAUGUUAGCUUUGUAAAUCUAGCAGCUCUUGCUAGUACCACAGCAGCGUCUGUAGCCGGUCUGUCAGCCGUCUAACAAAUAGGAUUAGUGGGCAUGCUCAGCUAUGUUAUCCGGCGGCAGCAGGGCCCUGGCCUGGGGAAAGUCUGUACAAGGCCUGAGGCCAACCACAUGACAACUUUGUAACUGUAAACUAUUAAUAUGGUUUCAAUUAAUUCUGUUUUUAUUGCAGGGGAUGAAAUGUUCUCAGACAUUUACAAGAUCAAAGAAUCACCAAAUGGAAUCUUAUUCGAAGUUGAGGGAAAGGUGCGUCUCCAAUGCAGGUAUAUGCUCUCUGAGUUUUGGGGGUGACAGGUGAGGUGUAUCAGGAUUUGGAGCCAGUAAUUAAGUUGGGUAUCAUCUCAUAGCUUGCCCUAAAACAGAGUUUACAAAGACUAGUCCUAUCAGAUGGUCUUGAAGUACAAUAAGGUGUUUAAAGUAUUGAGACCCAACCACUGAGUGACUCAGCACUCACUCUCCCCCCCCCUUCCUAUCUGCCUCCGGUCCUCCCCCUAUCCUCCCUUCAGAUGGUCAGUAGAACGGAGAACAUCGAUGACUCUUUGCUGGGGGCGAAUGCGUCGGCGGAGGUGCAGGAUGACAGCUGUGAGUCCAGCACGGUCAGUGGAGUGGACAUCGUUCUCAACCACAAACUGCAGGAGACAUCCUUCACCAAGGACUCAUACAAGGGAUAUAUCAAGGACUACAUGAAGGCGUGAGUGGGUUAGCGAGGGGUGUGUGGUGUGAUGUAUGUCAAAGGACUAGGCCGGGUUAGCCCUAUCAGUCCCCCUUUGCGCCCGCAAAGCUGUAAUUGUACUUAUGUAGAUUAAAAAUGUCCCUAUUUGAAAUUAAAUGCAAUUUAAGGUGUGUGUGUGUGUGUGUGCAGGAUCAAGGCUAAGCUGGAGGAGAACAACCCAGACAGAGUGAAGCCCUUCAUGACUGGAGCUCAGGAGGAGAUCAAGAAGAUCAUGGGCAACAUGAAGAACUACCAGGUAACCAACCAUCUACUACUCCCAACAGCCCAGUCAGUUACACAUGUUCUGCCCAAGCUUGCUGGGUAUUCAUAGACUUGAGAACCUGGGGUGUAUUCAUUACGCCGGUUCUCUUUCAUUUGGUGUCGCUCCUUUUCCCCUUAUUUCUGUUUCCCAAAUCUCUCUCCCUCACUCUCCACCACUCUCUCUACAUCCCCUCUCCCUGUAGUUUUUUACAGGUGAGUCUAUGAACCCAGAUGGUAUGGUUGGUCUGCUGGACUUCCGUGAGGACGGCAUCACUCCCUUCAUGACCUUCUUCAAAGACGGCCUGGAGAUCGAGAAAUGCGUGAGUCCCUUUAGUCCGGUCUACUCGUGUAAUAAUAACACUUAAUUAUGUUAUAACCAGUCUACUUGUAUGUUAUAAUCAUUGUCCUUCCUCCUCUCUUUCAUAGUAAUACUCUGGAAUCAGAACUUUGUUUCUAUUGGCUGCUGCAUCUCAUCUGACCCACGACCAGUGACCAACCAGACGACUCUUCUGCAUUACGUUUGGAAUGGAAGUACAGUACCAGUCAAAAGUUUGGACACACCUACUUGUCCAAACCUUUGACUGGUAGUGUAUUAUAUGAUGACCAAACCAAGUCAUGUCUAUGGGGUUGACAGAAGGGGUGCUGUGACAGUAUUACGGUAUUAUUUCUAUUGAUCUUAUUGAUUAUGGUGUUCAACUUUGAGUAUUGCAGUGUUCUGUUAACUGGUAUAUUCAGGAAGUACCGAUCAGAACAUUCAGAUAGAAAUGUAUAGAUUAGAGCAGAUAUGCCUCUCUGUCAUGCAGAAUACACAAUAUGUUACAUUUCUAACUGGGACAUUCUAUAUGUCACACACAGUUUGCUGCUGGAUGAUUUGUUUAACUCUGCGAAGACAGUGUUUCAGGUCACUGAUUGGUUAUUCAUUAAUUGGUUAUUUAUUGUUGAUUAAUUAACUAUCAGGCCUCCAUUUGCUUGGUUUACAGUUACAUUAGAUGUGACACCCUUACUAAAAGUAGUGGGAUAGCUUAGGACUUUCUGAUUAAUAAAUAAAACACUGGAUAAAACCUAAACAGA